AUGACAGUGACAGAAUAUGAGCGGAAAUUUGUGAGACUCAUACUUGUUGAACGAGCUUGUAAAGCCGAGGAGCUUGGGAAAGAGAAGAGAAAAGCUGACUAUGAAGCUCGAGAUUCCCGUAAAAGAUCAUUUAGUAAAUCGUUCCAGUCGGCCUCAAGGAAAUCCAGAGAGGAUCAUAGCCGAUCUAAAGCUACUGCAGGGUUUCUUAAACAUGAUCGAGAUCGACCCCUUGUGAGUUCGCGAGCUACUUCAGUUACUAGUGUUGGUAGUGUUCGACAAAAUAGAUCAGAAUGCAAGCAUUGUAGGAAAUGGCAUCCUGGAGAUUGCAGAUUACAUGAUCGGUCUUGCUUUAAGUGUGGUUCAAAGGAUCAUUUCAUUCGAGAGUGUCCGAUGGUAGCUGAUCAAAAUACUGUGCAGAAUACCAGACCGAGUAAUGUGUCAGUACGGGGAAGAUUGGGUAAUGUAAGUGGUAGUCAGAGAGGGACAAAGGACACAACAGUUCGAUCUAAGGCUCAUGCACCUGCCAGAGCAUAUGCUAUCCGAGCUCGAGAGGAGGCUUCUUCUCCAGAUUUCGACAUAAUUUUGGGUAUGGACUGGUUGACUUUACACGAUGCUGUGGUUAACUGCAAAAGGAAGACUAUUGAUUUAAGAUGCCUGAAUGACGAGAUUAUUCGGAUUGAAUCUAAUGAUCUGAAUGGUUUAUCGGCAGUGAUAUCCUCUAUGUUGGCUCAGAAGUAUGUGAGAAAAGAAUUACCGGGUUUACCACCUAUUCGAGAAGUAGAGUUUGGUAUUGAGUUAGUACCGGGGAUGACUCCAAUUUCGAUAGCUUCGUACCGUAUGGCACCGACCGAAUUAAAAGAAUUGAAAGCACAGUUAUAG